UGUGAGCCGAUCCAUUCACUGUUUCAGGUAAACACGUGUUAGUCGUAUUGCGCGAUUAUUAUUAAUUAAUCAAAAGUAAAUAUUUUAAAGGAAAAAUGGGUAAAGGACGGAAAAAUAAACCGAAAAAGAACUUUGCUGAAAAACGUCGCGAGAAGCAGAAGAAAAAAGAUGAAUGGGAUAAUACUCCACACAGAAGUUACGCAGAUAUUGUUAGAGAGAAUAAGGAUUUUGAGAAUUAUUACAAAACGCAAGAAAUAGUUCCAGAAGAUAAAUGGGAGGCGUUUAUCAGCACUAUGAGGACCAAUUUGCCAGUAGCUUUUCGUAUUACUGGUUCUAAAGCCGAAGCUAAAGUUUUGUUAGAAAUAAUCAAAAGUGACUUUUUCAAAGAAAUUUUGAAUACAAAUUUGGAUUCAGAUAAGGAAUGCUCCAAUAAUGAUGUAAAAACUAUAUUACAUAGUUUACCUUUUUAUCCGGAGAAACUUGCUUGGCAAUUACAAUUGACUAGAAAAGAUAUCAGACGAUCGGAAGCAUAUUUUAAAUUGCAUAACUUUCUUAUUGCUGAAACAAAUAAUGGCAGUAUCAGCAGACAGGAAGUAGUUAGUAUGGUCCCUCCUUUGGUCCUGGAUGUGAAGCCUUCACACAAGGUUCUCGAUAUGUGUGCAGCACCAGGAUCAAAAACAGCACAGCUCAUAGAAAUGAUACACGCAGACGAAGGAAAUGUUCCUCCUGAGGGUUUUGUAAUAGCUAACGAUCUUGACAAUAAUCGUUGCUACAUGCUUGUGCAUCAAGCUAAAAGAUUAAACAGCCCAAACAUUCUUAUUACAAACCAUGAUUCAUCAGUUAUGCCUAAUUUUAUAAUCACAAAACCAGAUGGCACUAAGGACACAUUAAAAUUUGAUAGAAUACUUGCGGAUGUUCCAUGUAGUGGUGAUGGUACUAUGCGAAAGAAUCCAGAUAUAUGGUGCAAGUGGAGUCCUGCUAAUGGCAAUAAUCUCCAUGGAAUUCAGUACAGAAUAGCAAAACGUGGGUUGGAAUUGUUAGCAGUUGGAGGAAGAAUGGUAUAUUCUACAUGUUCUUUAAAUCCGAUUGAAAAUGAAGCAGUACUUCAUAGGCUUCUUUGUGAAACUGGAGACUCGGUACAAUUAGUUGAUUGUAGAGAUUUAGUACCAGGAUUAAUAUGCGAUUCUGGUGUCACGCAUUGGAAACCGGCAUCUAAAAAUUUACAAUAUUAUGAUACCUGGGACGAUGUUCCAGAACAAUGGCAGACGCAAGUACGACCAAAAAUGUUCCCUCCACAAGCAGAUGAGGUUUCCAGGUUUCAUCUUGAACGUUGCAUGAGAAUAUUACCACAUCAUCAAGAUACUGGAGGCUUCUUUGUGGCCAUAUUGGAGAAAAUAGCACCCUUGCCGUGGGAAAAUAAAACUUGUACUUUAAGUCAAAAUGUCCAGAAUUUGGGUGACAAUGGAAACAAGAAUGAAGUCAGUCUUGAAGAAGAAGCUUCACGAGACGAAAAACGUUUAGAAAGUGGAAAAAGGACAUUAGAAGAAGAAAAAAAGUCGCGGGAGUUACAAAGGAAGCGGAGAAAGAUUGUUGGCUAUAGGGAAGAUCCGUUCGUCUUUUUCAAGGAUGAAACAGAAGAUGUAUGGCAGUCUAUUAAAAAUUUUUACGGUAUAUCUGAUGAUUUGAAUCCACAAUGUUUGUUGGUAAGAUGUCACGAAGGAAAGAAGAAAAAUAUUUACUUUACGUCACCGGCAAUCCGUGAUAUAGUAAUGUCUAACGAGAAUAGAGUCAAAAUGAUUAAUACUGGCGUUAAAACAUUCGUACGAUGUGACAAUAAAAAUAUGAGUUGCGCCUUCAGACUUGCUCAAGAAGGGAUGCAGAGUAUCAUUCAUUAUAUAAGUGACAACAGAAAGCUUCAGGUCACGAAAGAAGAUUUAAUAAUGCUUUUACAAAAUAACGAUCCACAUACACCGCCUGAAAUUGUAAAAUUAAAUCCAGACACUCAGGAACGUCUCAAAGAUUUUGCGACUGGAAGUUGUAUAUUGUUAUAUAAAGAAGAGAAGACUGACAAUUUAAACCAGCUAAAUCUCCAACUGGUAGGCUGGAGAGGAAUAAUGUCUCUUAGAGCAUACGUGACUACUUGUGAUGCGAUUCACUACUUACGGCUUUUAGGAGCGGAUUGUUCUAAAUUUGAGAGGAACAAAUUCGAGGAAAAUCGCGCAGCCGCAUUAGCCGAAGAUAUUAACAAUGGUGACAUCAAACGUGAAAAUUUAAUUAAUGAAAAUGCUGCAAUGGAGAACGGCGAUUGCACAGAGAAAGUCGACGGUGCAGAGAUGCCGAUCGAAACGAGUGAAUCGCUUUUUGUGACAUAAUUAAGACUCGUCUUAAUUUUUUACACGUUUCGCUGUGCGUUACAGUUAAGUAAAAUUUAUAUUUAUAUUUUUUAUUUAACAAGAAUAUUCUUAUUCGAUUCAGUGAUAAUCCAGCAUUGACAUCGGAGUAAUUUGUGGUAUGAAUUGAAAAAUAUGAUUUUGUAGGAUAAAAACAUCGACAAUGAUAUCAUGAUAAAAUGAUUAUUUUUACUGAUC